UGACAGAAUUGUUUUCCAGGCCACAGCCUCCAAAUAACCUUUUGGCUGUUCCUUGGUUGAACCACAAGGGAGCGCUAUUGGACCCUGCAACAGACUUCUCACAGCCUCUGGGAUUGAGACAAGCACUUAUCCACGGAGCCAAGUCAUUGUUACAGCUGAGACCAAGGAGGAUUCUUGGUCAAGAAGAUUUCAUCUUGGCUCAUUCUUGGGCAGCAGCCGCCCCACACACUGGAGAGAAAAGAGUUUUCUCAAGGGAUGGGCAACUUUCAAUCCCAGCACCCUCUCCGACCAACAGAGCCCCGUGGCUCCAAGGCUCAGGCGCAGCUUCUGCUAUCCUUGAUUCCUCGGAUCCACUGAGAGAUCCUUGGAUCCAGGUGAGAGAGGCUGGGAAGAGGACAACAAGCUCUGUGCUCCGCCGAUUCAGACGGUCCCGGGGUAGUGAGGGCUCCCUGGGUCCCAUGCCGGGACUGGGCUUCGCCCAGCAAAGGCUGAAGUGGCGCUUGAUGGCCGAAGGGCACAGCGAUCACCUGACCAAAGAGGAGCAGAGAAGAGAGCUUCGACUGGCAUUCCGGCGCUGGAGUGAGGUGGCACCUCUCUCUUUCCAGGAGGACCUCACCUGUCCCAUGGCAGAGAUCGAUAUCUGGGUGGGCUUUGGCACAGGACGUCACCUGGGAUGCCCAUGGGCAUUUGACGGGCUAGGAGGGGAGUUGGCACACACCCUGCUGCCUGGUGAAAUCCACUUGGAUGAUGAUGAGCCUUACAACACCUCCCCAUCAGACCAGGGGGUCGGCCUUCUGCAGGUGGCUGUUCAUGAGAUAGGACAUGUGCUUGGCCUGCCCCAUCUGCUUUACCCUGGCUCUGUGAUGCAUCCCUUCUACCCCACCACUGGGGGCACUGUGGAGCUGAGCUGGCAUGAUAGGAGAGCCAUUCAGGAGCUGUAUGGACAGUGUGAGGACCCAUUUGACACCGUGUUCGAUUGGGUGAGGAGACAGAGCAGCCAGAAGGGGGAGCCAGUAUUGCGGUUCAACACCUUCUUCUUCCGAGGUGGGCAGUACUGGCUGUACGAGAACCGCCACAGCCGUCCUCGCCUUGGCGACCCGCGGAGGUUGACCGCUGGCUGGCGGGGGUUGCCGGAGGGUGGAGUUGACGCCUUUGUACACGUCUGGACACCCCAAAUCGACGCCAGAUUCUUUUUUAAAGGUACUCAGUUCUGGCGAUACGACAGUUCGACAGACCGGGUUUUUACCCAAGAUCCCGAGGGUCAGCGGUAUCCCUGUCGGAUCUCGGAGGGUUUCCCUGGCGUCUCCGGCCCCAUUGACGCUGCCGUGUUCCUGAGACGGGAAGGCUGCAUUUACUUCUUCAAGGGCCAGGAGGUGCUGGCGUUUGGUGUGUCCAGUAACCAGACUCUGCCUGGCUUUCCGAAGAGACUGGAGGAAGUGUUUCCUGCAUCCAUCCAGGAGGAUCACCCCACAGGGCAAGUUCUUCUGGGAAGUGGCAAGAGAGGGCAGCACUGAGCAUCCCGUCUCCCACAAUGCCCUGCUGCCCCGGAGGAGAGUGGCAGAGCAGUGGCUGGACCUGUGUGACGUCCAUCCCAGCACACUGGAUGAGAGAUGAGAGCAGCAACGAAAUCAUACAACAUCCUGUCCUGAUCAAAUUCUGAAGAUUAAAAAGAGAAUGAGGACUAUUAAACCUUGACCACCACUAAGAUGAAGGUCUCUCACAGUCAUCCCAAACCUACAGAGUUAAAAUAUGGGAUGAAACUGCUAGCAGUACGUUUUGUCCCUGUGCAUGCUGACCAUUCCUUCCGGGAUGUCUUAUAUAAGAAAAGUAUUAUUUCCAACAUACGAUCAUCAGUCUGUUUUUGAUGAGUUCUCGCCUUGUUUAUGAAAGACCAGAUGAAAGAAGGGCAAACUGUUGUUCUGAGUUCUGAAGUUGGACAACUGUGUGUCAGCCUGUGGCCUCAAGGCAAAAAGUCCAGGUUAAUUCCAUGAAGAAAAACAGAAAGAAGAAAUGAAACUCCUUGCCCAUUGAGCCUUCUUCAGCUGUAACACAUUGUGUUAUUUCUUUCUGUUUUUCAGCAUGGAAUUAUUCUUUGCAAGGAAUAGUCUUGGAAAACAACGAGGAAACUGAGGUACUGGAGUAACAAAAAAAACUGUACAUCUUAAUCCAGUAGGUCCUAUAAGCUAACUCCCUGUCCACAAUAAGGUGCAGGG